GCGGGGUCGGAGCCGCCGCCGCUCGGUGCCCGCCUGGAGCCGCCCAGAGCCCUUCGGCAGCGCCCGGUGCCUGUAGCCGGGGAUGGGGGGCGGCGCUCCGUGAGCCCGCCGAGCUGCCGCACGGAGCCGGAGCCGCCGCCGCCGGGAUGAGCGGGAGCGGCGCCCCCGGGCCCGGCGCGGCCCCGUGCCGCUUCGCCCACUACUUCGUGCUCUGCGGCAUCGACGCGGAGAGCGGGCUGGAGCCCGACGAGCUGGCAGUCUUGUACAAAUGGCUAGAAGCAGAUCUCCAUGGCAAGAGCUCAGAUACUGCAAACAAAGCCUCAGGAGAGAAUUUCGAUCAGAGUCCUUUAAGAAGAACCUUCAAGUCCAAGGUUUUGGCCCAUUAUCCUCAGAACAUUGAGUGGAACCCCUUUGACCAGGAUGCUGUCAACAUGCUAUGUAUGCCCAAAGGGCUGUCUUUCAGGACACAGGCUGACAACAGAGAUCCACAGCUCCACUCAUUCAUAAUCACCAGGGAAGAUGGCUCUCGUACCUAUGGGUUUGUGCUCACCUUCUAUGAGGAGGUCACGAGCAAGCAGAUCUGCACAGCCAUGCAGACACUGUACCAGAUGCACAAUGCUGAGCAGUACAGCAGCGUCUGUGCCUCGUCCUCAUGCAGCAUGGACUCCCUGGCCAGCAGCAUUGAUGAGGGCGACGCCACCUCCCUCGCCAAGCUCCAGCGGUACAACUCCUACGACAUCAGCAGGGACACUCUGUAUGUCUCCAAAUGCAUAUGUCUCAUCACCCCUCUGCCCUUCAUGCAAGCCUGCAAGAAGUUCCUGGUCCAGCUCUACAAGGCAGUUACCUCCCAGCAACCACCACCGCUGCCCCUGGAGAGCUACAUCCACAACAUACUUUACGAGGUGCCCUUGCCGCCCCCUGGCCGGUCGCUGAAGUUUUAUGGGGUUUAUGAGCCCAUCAUCUGCCAGCGACCUGGGCCCAAUGAGCUGCCACUCUCUGACUACCCACUGCGGGAAGUCUUUGAGCUGCUGGGGCUGGAGAACCUGGUUCAGGUUUUCACCUGCGUUCUGCUGGAGAUGCAGAUCCUCCUGUACUCACAAGAUUACCAGCGCCUGAUGACAGUGGCAGAGGGGAUCACAACACUGCUGUUCCCAUUUCAAUGGCAGCAUGUAUACGUUCCCAUCCUUCCUGCCUCCCUCCUGCAUUUUCUGGAUGCUCCGGUUCCCUACCUGAUGGGGCUGCAGUCCAAGGAGGGAACUGACCGCUCCAAGCUGGAGCUGCCACAAGAGGCAAACUUGUGCUUUGUGGACAUCGAUAACCAUUUCAUUGAGCUGCCGGAAGACUUGCCCCAGUUCCCAAAUAAGCUGGAGUUCAUCCAGGAAAUCUCCGAGGUCCUCCUGCAGUUUGGGAUCCCUCCGGAGGGCAACUUGCACUGCAGUGACAGUGCCACCAAACUUAAGAACCUGGUCCUUAGUGACUUGGUGAAUGACAAAAAGAAUGGGAACAUCCCUGGCAAUGCCCUCAACAUGUACGAGCUGCUGAAAGGCAACGAAACCAUCGCCCGCCUGCAAGCUCUCGCCAAGAGGACAGGCGUGACGAUGGAGAAGGUGACCAUCACGGCCCCCCUUGCAGAAAAAGAGAAGGAUGUGAAGUUGCAGUGUGAGGAAGUGGAGCUGAGGGACUACAAACUGAACGUGCAGCUCCGUGAGGUGUUUGCCAACCGCUUCACGCAACUGUUUGCAGACUACGAGGCAUUCGUCAUCCAGGCUGCCCCCGAUCUGGAGUCAUGGCUGACCAACAGGGAACAAAUGCAGAACUUCGACAAAGCUUCCUUCCUCUCGGACCAACCUGAGCCUUACCUCCCAUUUCUAUCACACUUCAUUGAGACGCAGAUGUUUGCAACCUUCAUAGACAACAAGAUAAUCUCCCAAUGGGAAGAGAAGGACCCUUUUCUGCGAGUUUUUGACUCCCGAAUUGAGAAAAUAAGGCUAUAUAAUGUAAGGGCCCCUGCACUGCGGACAUCCAAUUAUCAGAAAUGCAGCACUCUGAAGGAAGCAGGUUGCCUGUCUAUCCGGCGUCUAGUUUUGGUAGAUAUUGUGGCACCGGAGCCUCAUUUUCUGUCUCUUGAAAUGCAGCAAGCUGAUUCCCAGUCCAUUGAGCAGCGGCUGAUGAAGAUCGAUCACACGGCCAUCCACCCGCAUUUACUUGAUAUGAAGAUUGGCCAAGGGAAAUACGAACAAGGAUUCUUCCCAAAGUUGCAAUCAGAUGUCUUAGCAACAGGACCUACCAACAACAACCGCUGGGCCAGUCGCAGUGCCACCACACAGCGGAGGAAAGACCGUCUCCGGCAGCACUCAGAACACAUCGGGCUGGACAAUGACUUGAGGGAGCCCUCGGAGGAGCUUUUGCUUCGCCAGAACUCAAUGGCCUUCUGGGAGUGGGAUCAGGGGCCGCCCCCUCCUGCACGGCCUCCUAAAAAAUCCUUCUCUGAAUGCUGCCUGAAAUACAUGCAGGAGGCGAGGAGUUUAGGAAAAAAUUUGAGGCAGCCCAAACUCUCGGACCUCUCUCCGGCUGUGAUUGCUCAGACCAACUCGAAAUUCGUGGAAGGGCUGCUGAAGGAAUGUCGCAUGAAGACUAAACGUAUGCUGGUAGAGAAAAUGGGCCAUGAAGCAGUUGAGCUGGGACAUGGAGAAGCAAAUAUUACAGGACUGGAGGAAAAUACAUUGAUUGCUAGUCUCUGUGAUCUGCUAGAAAGAAUCUGGAGCCAUGGUCUGCAGGUCAAGCAGGGGAAAUCUGCUUUGUGGUCCCAUUUACUUCAGUACCAGGAGAGAGAAGAAAAGCAAGAACAUAGUGCAGAGUCCCCAGUUGCUGUUGGAACAGAAAGACGGAAGUCUGAUACAGGAAUUACUAUGCCUACUUUGAGGGUUUCCCUGAUACAAGAUAUGAGACAUGUUCAGAACAUGAGUGAGAUAAAGACUGAUGUGGGGCGAGCCCGAGCCUGGAUAAGGCUUUCUCUGGAGAAGAAGCUUUUGUCUCAGCAUCUGAAGCAGCUGCUUUCCAACCAGCCACUUGCCAAGAAACUUUACAAGCGUUAUGCUUUCCUGCGCUGCGAGGAAGAACGGGAGCAGUUUCUGUAUCACCUCCUCUCACUCAAUGCUGUGGAUUACUUUUGCUUCACAAGCGUCUUCACCACAAUUGUGAUCCCUUACAGGGCAGUGAUAAUCCCCAUCAAGAAACUGAGCAAUGCGAUAACCACAUCCAACCCGUGGAUUUGUGUUUCGGGAGAGCUGGGAGACACGGGCGUCAUGCAGAUCCCUAAAAACCUGCUAGAAAUGACAUUUGAGUGCCAGAAUUUAGGAAAGCUGACGACUGUUCAGAUUGGUCAUGACAACUCAGGGCUGCUGGCCAAGUGGCUGGUUGAUUGUGUCAUGGUCAGAAACGAAAUAACAGGACACACGUACAAGUUUCCCUGCGGGCGAUGGUUGGGAAAGGGCGUUGAUGACGGCAGCUUGGAGCGAAUCCUUAUUGGAGAGCUGGUGUCCUCCACGUCUGAUGAAGAGCUGGGAAAGCAGUGCCGUACUCCACCCCAGCAGAAGUCUCCUACCACAGCUCGGCGUCUGAGCAUCACCUCUCUCACAGGAAAGAACACCAAGCCAAAUGCAGGACAGAUCCAAGAGGGAAUUGGUGAAGCUGUCAAUGGCAUCGUGAAGCAUUUUCACAAGCCAGAGAAAGAGAGAGGGAGCCUUACCAUUCUGUUGUGCGGGGAGAAUGGCUUGGUUGCAGCACUGGAGCAGGUCUUCCACCAUGGAUUCAAAUCAGCUCGCAUUUUUCAUAAGAAUGUCUUCAUCUGGGAUUUCAUAGAAAAAGCUGUUGCCUAUUUUGAAACCAGUGACCAGAUUGGAGACAACGAGGAGGCCCUUUUGCUUCAGAGAUCAUCGUGCAAAACCUUCUGCCAUUAUGUGAAUGCUAUCAAUACAGCUCCAAGGAACAUUGGAAAGGAUGGCAAAUUCCAAAUUCUGGUUUGCCUGGGGACAAGGGAUCACUUGCUGCCUCAGUGGAUCCCCUUACUGGCGGAAUGCCCACUCAUUACAAGGAUGUACGAGGAGAACGCCCUGCUACGGGACCGCAUGACUGUCAACUCCCUUAUCCGAGUCCUACAGACAUUGCAAGACUUCAACAUCGUCCUAGAAGGAUCGCUCAUUAAAGGAGUGGAUGUUUAGCAUGGCUUUGCUGAGAACUUCAUUAUUCCUUUCCCAAGCAAGCAAACCACAACUGGGAGACCUGUCAGGACUUGAACGCGACGGCAGCGCAUCGCUGCGAGGCACCACUGCCGGCUCCCAUGGGAGCAGGAAGCCCAGUCUGUGCUCCGUCAGGACUGUCCUCUAAGGCUGCAGAAAGCUAAGAUGCAGUAUUGUAGUUUAUUUGAAACAGAAAUUUAGUAUAAAAUAGAGUAUUUUCAUGUGUUUAGAUGUGUGUAAAUACGCUAUCUUCUUUAAGAAAUUAUAUUACUCUAAGAAAGUUUUCUUAGACUGAAUGUUCUUGUUCUGACUGUGAGUAGCUCAAACCCAGGGGAAGGGCUGGGGAGGGAAGGACUGCGGUGGGAAGGGAUGCUGCUACUUGCUUGCAAGGAAGAAGCCAAUCAAUGUGUAAAUACAGCGCAAACUCAGCAGGGCUUUUUUCAGGUAUUGCAGAUGAAUACAGCAAAUAUCCUUAUGUAGCCAUUGUGAUUGUCUCAGUCUUGGAAAUAUUAGUGUAUGUUGUUUAUCCUGCUGUACAUGGUCUCCCUUUGUUUUUUGUUUGUUCAGAGACCCAGCCCUUUCAAUGCACAGAAGUUGUGAAUUGUCUUUUUGGGUUUUUUCUGUAAAGGUCUUUUGUGUCACUUCUGUUGAUCUCCAGAAGAGGACACAAGAGCUGAAAUGCUUCAACACUGGAGAUGUGAGACGCUGAGCCUUGGAGCCUAACACCUGUGGAAGUGGCACUAGAGAUGGGAAACAGUGGCUUGUUUUGCUCGCUGUUUUCCUUGUCUGUCUAGAUGAUCUGGUGGCUCCCCGUUACUCCCAGCCAGCCUGUGUUGUGGAUGGCUUUUUUCCUUUCCCCCUCCCAUCGAGAGGAAUUUGGCUCUUACCAAAUUCUUGCUGUACUUGAGAGAAUCAUUGCCGCAGACACCAAUGUUGUGUGAUACUGAGCUGGUCUUGUAAUGCUGGCAGGUUACUAGUCUUCCUUUAUCCCACAGGACGAGUGUUCCUCGAGGUCCAGGACCUUUGAUUAUUUUGGUGGGUUUGUUUCUUUGUUUAAUUAUCCAGGUACAAAGUUAAAAGAGAAAAAAAAAAAGGAAUGAUGUGAAAGGAGAACAAAGGUGGUGUUUUGAGGAUCUCCCACAUUCUUUCCAGUUAACGUGUUAGUAAUACAGUGUGUUUGUAUAGCUACGGUCUUGAAGAGGAACAGGAAGCAACUGAAAUCUGCUAAGCUGAAAAUAUAGCAACAGAUUGCAUUGAAAUUGUCAGGUGCCAUGCAGCAAAUACAGAGUGUAUUUUCCUCAUUUGUAGUUUGGGAGCUGUAAGGGUCUGAGGGCACUGUUAACUUCAUGUAGUUCCAGUUGUGCAGGUUAGUUUGAAUACAGGUGUCUGCUAUAACUUGUUUAUUCCCUUUGAUCUUAGCCAUUUUGUCAGAGGAUUUCCUGGAUGUCUCACAGCUGGAGCCAUCAGCUGUGGCUUGGGGAAGCCCUCAGUGGUACUGUAACUGCCUGGCACUUUGCUUGGAGGCAGCAUUAGGAGGGGCUUUGGGAUGAUGGGUAGUAGCACAUCUCAGUAUGGUGCAUACAUGGUAGAGCAAGGGCAGAGAGCUAAGGAAAGGGAAAGAAGAUGCAAAGUGGGGUUUGUUCUCUCACAUGCCUCUUGUCAAGCUGCUCCUUUUCUGUGAUCAUUCUACUGUCCAGAUCUUAGAGCAGCACAUGUUUUGGUGUUGAAGGUUUGCACCACAUUCUUGGCCAGAAGGAAACUCUUCAUGUGACUCCAUUUCAGUAGAAGGGAGAGUUUUAUGUUAAAGAAUGGUUGGUUUUGGUUUUGGUAUUUAAGAAAGUAAAGAAGUCAGGAAGUCACUGACUGUAACAGGAAUUCCAGCUUUUAAUUACUGUUCCUUCCUCCUGUGCUUGUACUUUCUUAAACUGACUGAACUCAUUGCAGACACUGUAGGCAGCGCUGCUGUAUCACCGCUGUGGGUGGUGAGCAACUGAUGUUAGGGCACUGAGUGGUGGUGUGAGUUGGCAGCCCACAGCUCUGUGACAUCUCUCUUGCAUUUCCAGGAGGGUGAAAUUCAGGGCGUGAGGGUUUUCUGUGCGGCCAGACAAGUCUGUUUAAAGUCCACAGAAGAUGUGUGACAGCCCUACAGCAGCAAUUGGAAAUGUGUUCCUCUACUGGUAAAUGAUAUGUUUAGCACUAAAAGCCACAUGGCAGAAUUAUUUGGUAAUGACUGCUUAGGCAAUGUUUUGAUUUCUUAUACAACUCAGGCAUUUUAUGUCUAAUAAGCGUUGUACAUGACUUUUUCAUGUGCAGCCCAGCCUAAGUGGCUUUCAUUUAACUGAAAUAACAACCUCUUUAGUCCUUGGAUUUCUUUGCAAGCGGUGUCUGCAUUUUCUAGCUGGAUACUUCUCCAAAGUACACUGCUGCAUGGCUCUCAGAUUAGUGGUUAUUUAUGACUUAAUCAGACAUGACAUUCACCUAACAUGAUGUGGGUUAAGUGCGAGCAGGAUAAAGUAGAAACACAGGCACCUCGAAGGGUUGGGAAUGGGUGAAUGUAGGCUCCAAAAAGGGCAGGAAGAUGAAGUAUUUCUUAAGGUAAAAUAAGUCAAAACCUGAGACAUUUGAAAAUUCAAAACAGGGGCUUCCCCUGUCUCAAACUCCAUUAAGGAGCCUUUAGCACUUACCUUGAACACAGUUUCACAUCUUCUUUUUUAGCGAGCGUUGACUUGUUUUAUGUCAGGUUUCGCAUCAGAUUAACAGUACGAUAAAAACGAGGUCUGUCUAAUAACUCUUUGUAGGCAAUAAAGCACCCUAAGAUGUGCUGAGGGGUGCGGCAGUGUCCCUGCUUCCCAGAAGAUGGGACGUUUGACAACCUUGCGAGUACGAUUCUUUGUAGGGAGUUUUUAUUCUUUCAUGUAUGGCUUAUUAUCGUCAACUACCUUCGUUUGUUGGAAACUGUGAGGUUCUCUCUGUAAGGUUUACAGAAAUCGUUCUGCCUGCUAGAGCGGCAAACCUAUCAGGAUCCUUCUAAGCUAACGCAGUUCUUACUUCAGUGUUAAAGCACCUUCAUUGGUUGAGAAAAGGGAAUCUGGGAAAAGACCAAAGCUCUGCGGUAUCUGCUUUUAUAAAACAAUUCCUACCCAAUACCUGUUUGCAGAUGUCUGAGUUUGCGUAGUCCUGUUAUCCUGACGUCCGGCUUGAUGAUGACUGGGGACAGUCAGGGAAUCCAAUGCCUCACUGUGUACAAAACUUGUAUUUAUAAUUCUCUGAAGCAAAUGCGAUUCUACUGUUUAGUGACAAAUCUGCUCAUGUUUAUUCUGAGUCGGCAUGUGUCAUUAGGAAUCAAAGCUGUCUUUUUAGAAUAGUUGUGCAAAGGCGUAUUCGAGAAAAUUCCUUCUUUCAAUCAAAUGAAGGUGCGCAUCUUACGGGGAAAUAUUGUGUGUUACACUUGAAAUGUACAGAUGUGCCCUGUAUGGCUUCAAAUGAACCCUUCGGUGUCUCCAUUGAGUAUAUUUUGUCUUGACAUCAUUACUAACUGAAUAAGAACUGGAUUAUUUUCAAGAUGACAUUAGUAAAAGUAUUGUUCUAUCAAGCACUUUAACAUACAUAUCACAAACUGACAUGGGUUUUUCAGGUUUUGAAGUACAUUGAAAUACAGCUUUUCAUGCUAUGUCCUUUACAAAUAAAACUGUGAGAAUAAUG